AGUAAUCUGUUUUCAGCUCUGUGGGAUGAACGCUGACGUCAGUGACCGGAUUAUUUUACAAAUUCAGGCAAGAACCGAAUCGAAUAGUGUUUUAUAAAAUUUGUACACAAAUAAAACCCAGUGAGUGUUUAUAGUUUUAAAUUUCGUUGUUGACGAGUUGAAAUGGCAUCAGCGCCUGAAACCAAAACUGCAGACAGCAUAGAAACUGAGACUCCAUCGUCAGAGUCUAGUAUUUUCAAUGAGUUUCUUAGUCCGGUGAAUUUGAUUUUGACUGUGAUUAUAUUGGUGUUGUUGUAUAAAAUACUGAGGGGUAGGUUCGGUAAAUCGUCGGCCGAACAGCAGGUGCCGGAGCUUCCUAAGAUUCGCAAAGAUAUGACUGUCGCAGAGUUACGACAGUUCGAUGGAACACAAGCAGACGGUCGAGUUCUCGUAGCGGUAAACGGGUGGAUAUUCGACGUGACACGGGGACGGCGCUUCUACGGGCCCGGUGGUCCGUAUGCAGCAUUUGGUGGUAAAGAUGCGUCCAGAGGUCUUGCCACAUUCUCUGUCACAUCAUCAGACAAAGAAUAUGAUGAUCUCAGUGAUCUCAACUCAAUGGAGAUGGAAUCUGUUAAGGAGUGGGAAGCACAGUUUAGAGAAAAGUACGAGCUCGUUGGUAAACUACUAAAGCCUGGUGAGGAGCCAACAAACUACUCCGACGAGGAGCCAGAAGAAACCGACAACUCGACCAGCAACCAGGAUGAGAAGAAAGACCUGUAGAGAGUUGAAGCGUCGAGCCUGCAGCAGUUCAACCGACCGAACCUCAAAUGUGAUAUUUCCAUGUACUUCAAAGGUAGACAUAACACGAGACUUCGUCUGCGCGGUACAGGGGUGCGGGGUAGUGACGAUAGAGGGGAUAAAGACCUGAGGGGACAGAUGGGGAAUGACAUCUAUCUGAUACCAUAGAAAACAUAUGUACAAUACUACCAUCUGUGAUCUGAUCGUUCUGUGUGAAAUUCUAUUGGUUCUUCUAAAAUCCGUUUAUUUUUCUUUGUAUAGGUCAGGGCUCAGAAAGGGCAUUCCAUAACUUUACAGUGCGAAUCAGGACCGAAGAACCAAAAUGUUUUUAAGCGAUAUAAGAACAUAAAAUUAUUGUUUCAAUAAACGCGACGUCGUACAUACGUAUAAAUAUUUUUAAAAAAACCAAACUGUUUUUUUUGUUCAGUUUUCCACUUUCAGGAAUUUCAGAGUUUUCGUUUUUAGUUUCAGAAAUUCAGUUAAUUUUUAUCUGUCUGUUGUCAUACGCCACACACCUGUACCAUUAAUAGGUAACCGUUUAGUGUUUACUUCGAUUAAGUGAAAUUUCUGUGGUUAAUAUUAUUUAAAUUAUACACAAUGAAAUUUUGUUGUAAUUCGUUAAGCAAAUACUGAAAAAAACAUUAUUAGUUUAAAAAGAUGGAUUAAGUAAAAACUCAGUAUAAUAAUGGGUUUACUAUUAUUAAUGCAGUUUCUAUACAUUUCAAAAUUAAGCUACGUACUUGAUACUUUUAUGUGUAUAAAGUACCUAUUUUGUUUACUGUAUUGCUGAAAAUUACGAAAUCGAUUCUACAAAGUCGAUUUUCUUAAUUUGUUGCAAUAAAAUGAUCACGAGUUACAUCACUAUUUCGAAAUAGCAACUCAGAUGUGCGCUGACAACCCAAAUAUAUUUUUUAUGAUGCGAUGUAAAGAUGUAUAUUACGGUUAUAUGUUAAUUAUUACGGUUGAGCUGCUAUGUACUGAAUUAUGGCUCUUAUUUCACUACACAUUUAUAUUGUUGCAAUAGUUGAAACAGCGCAAUAAUGACUGAAGAAGACACCUACGUGAAUAACGAGUUGCGAUGCGUAGUAGUGUUGCUAAAAAAUCGACUAAUCAACUAUCAAUAUUGAUACACCUUUAAAUGGUGUAUCUAUAAAAUUACAGAUAUUAUAAUAUAACGUUAGAUAGGUCAACAGUUGCAAAAUAGAUUAUAGAUAUAAUCUAUUUUGCAGCUGACUUGUAUAAAAUAAAGUAACUAUUUUAUACAAGUCAAUAUAUCAGCUGAAUUGAAUAUAUUUGUAAUGAUUCUUAAAAUUGUUGCAAAUCUACAAAAGACGGCUGUAAGAGAUUGAGGGCAUGACAUUACUAAUUAAAGAUUUUAAUUUUUGGUAUUUAUUUUAAAACCAUAAAAAAAUUGAAAUAGUGGAAAUGUAAAAUAAUUUUCACUAUUUAAAUUUUUUAAAUCAGCAAGGAUUUUGGGAUUGACAGUCGAUUUUUUAGCAACACUAAUACACAGGUAUACAGUAUAAUGUAAAUUGUCUUACAUUGGCUGGUACACACAUUCAAACAGUUAGUGUAAUAUCUAAAAUGAGUAUUAUAUUACAAGGAAUAAUAUAAUUUACCUAAAGUGUAUAAAAAGUAAAUUAUUUUUACCUGACACUUGGAAACAACUGUAUAAAGCAAAUGUUGCAUUGAAAAAAAGACAUUAUAGAAGUGCCAGAUAAAAGUAAUUUAGCAUAAACACACACUUUUAUAUAAAGUCGCGUUUUCACUUAUGGGGUAGAGUAGUGUAUUUUUUAUUUUCGGGAGACGGUUUAACUAUGGUUGUAAUUGUAAAGUGUAGACAGGUUGUAGGAAGAUAAGUGCGAGACAGGUUUGUUUGUGUGUGAAAUGAGCGUUAACAAAACAUAAACAUGUUUAUAAAUUAUCAUCUGUCUGUGUUUCCAUCCACCUUCAAGGCAAGAGUCAAUAGGCACUUUUUAGGUAAACGCAUGCCCCAUCCUAGUCAUCAUUGCAUUCCAUCAGAGGGCCUAGCAUGCGACCAAAGACAUGUAUCAGGAAGAGGAAUAGACAAAAUAUCAACAAAUAGCGGCGGAGUAUUCCCAGCCCCAUCUCGUGUUGCAACGAAAAAGAUAAAGAAAUUUCCGAUUGCGCCCUAUUGGUUGACAUUUUUGUCUAUUGACUAUUUCUAGCCUAUUGACCAUAAAUAAAAGGUUGCUAGACAGCGGUUUGUUGUUAAACGGGUUUCUAUGCCACACCUAUCACUAUAUAAUCAUUUUGAUCCAUGACUGCUGUGACGACCCAUUAGUUCACACACAAACGAGUUAAUACUGUCAACACACUACUACAACCAAAGAUAACCCGACUUCCUGAAGUAGAGUAACUGAAUUCGAAACGCAGUUUUCGAUCUCUUCCGUCCUGCUAGAUAGCGGUGAUUCAAAAAUGGUGUAACAAAGUAGCCAAUUGGCAAUAAUUAAUUGAAAUUAGAGUGUUGAGUCAUAGACUUGGGACUGGCAUCAUCAAUUACACUACGUAUGUACUCGUAGCAACAACUAACAAAACAAUAACCGAAGGUCUUUUAAUAGGGUUCCGUAGUGAAUAGGGAACACUUUUUUAAAGAAAAAAAAAAUUAUUAAUUACGUCACACAUCACAAUUUCCUAGUACUAGUAUUACGCCAGGACGAUAUCCUGCGAAAAAUCCACUUUACCAAUUGUGUAAUUUUAUAAUCUGACUAGAAAAAUAAAAUGUUGCGGACAAAAAAGGAGCAAAUUACUUCCGUUGGCAUACUUAGCACAAACAUCUAAAAAUAACUGUGGCGCCCCCUAUACAUAUAAGUGGUUAUAUUGAAGUGCUAAUUUAUAUUACAAUUCAAUUGUCAGCUUAAUGGAUCACUAGUCUAUGUAACUUUUUGUUAAGAUUUUUUUUUUUUAUAAUAGCUUUACAAGUGAACAAAUAAUUCGAUCGAGUUAUAUCAAUGACGGAACCCAAUGUGAGGUGGUUCCACACGCACUUUACUGGUUUUUUAUUCUUAAUUUUGUGCUUGAUUGCUAUGCUUGGUAGCACUAACUUGGUAAAGAUACCUUAUGGUUAUUUCAUACUCAAUUUUCAAAGUUCGAUAAUAUGUCCUAAAGGCCAACCAAGUCAAAGCGUUCUACCCUUCUAAUUUGGUAAGGGAAUAACUUGUACCUCUAAGUUAGCUAGGUAAGUUCUUAAUUCACAUGAUCACUUGAUAUCACGUGCGAUCAAUCUAACGCUAAUCAUCGUUGCUUAAAGAAAACACUGUCAAGUUUCUUAUGAAACAGAUAAUCAAGUAUGUUCUGAUGAAAUUGGUUUUUUUCUUUUAAUUAUUUAUUUAUGUCAAUCGCUUUUGAGCACGCUGUAGUACAUGUUUAAUAUCACAUUGAUUUUUGAAUAACCGCCCAGCAGGCCCUUGCGAUGCUUUAUGAUAACAAAACUAUAUAAUACUUAUAUAAAAAUAAUAAUUACCUAUACUUACAAAAAGCAAUAGUCUGUUUAUAAGGUUCCAUGUAGGUAUGCGGCCUAAAUAACUUUUGUAUUUUUACACAUUGUAGGAAAUUCUGCUUUCAAAAUGCAAUGCUUGAAGUAGGAAGUAUUUUAUAUGGAAACCACAUACUACUCAAGCGUACAGGUGUGUGGGGUAGAUGAUGAUUUAUUAAAAGGCCCAUUUUGCCGCCUGCACCCAUUGACCUCUUAUAAUAAAUGGACGCACAAUCAUGUACAAAAUUUCACUUAAAAACUGGCCAAUUUUGCUUUGACAGUUUUAGAAUUAUUGGUAAAGAAAAUUAUACCCAAAGGCCUUUAAAUAUAGUCCAAUCCAAUAUUCAAUAAAAUCCAGAGCAAAUUCAACCUUAAGACUUGAGAUUAAGGUUGAAUUUGCAAAUGUGACGGCUUGAAUUGAGUGCCAAGAAGUUGUUUUUCACUCAUUGAGUGGAGACAUUUUUUGGUCGCUGAUUGUGCAUCCACUUUUUAAUAGGAGAUUGAUGCCCGCAACACACUUUUUCCCCUCUGACGUCAUACCCCGCUCCCCUGUACUGCGCGAAAGAGGAAUUCGUGCGUUUUGUCUUGAUUUGGCUCUUUGAUGUAGUGGUAGUAUUAUUUUCGGCUGAUUAAAUUAGUAAAUUCAGAUUAAUUUAUUGUAUGAAUACGUACCACUAUAGUAGAUAUUUUUUUUAAACAAUCAGAGGCCGCAAUGACCAACCAAUAUAAAUAAUAAUAAUGUAUGAAUUGUUGUUUAUUGCAAAUUUUUUAAAACUAUAUUGUAUGUGUACAGCAAUUAUAUGUAUAAUUGUAUAUAUAUAUUACAGAUUUUAUCUGUUUGUACAUCUAGCAGUAAUGGUUUAGCAAAAGUCAUUGGCAGUCAGCUCUUAAUUAUAUAAUUGAUUCUGAUGAAUUUUAACCGUUAAAUUUGAUUCAAAUUAAGUUAAUUAAAUUCAAAAUUAAUUAUUUUAUAUUCAAAAUUAUAAUCAGCCGCGACGCCGCUUCGCAGGUUGGAUCGUGCCGCGUUGCAAGAACCAGCUCAUGACUAAGGGCCCCAUAUGGGUUUGAAAUUAGUCGGGCAUACUCCGACCUAAUAUCACGUGAGUUUCGGUCGUGUUUCAUAAUCAAUUAAUAUGAAUUACAUUCACAAUAGUUAAAAUUCUAAAAAAUAAAAUAGAAAUUUUAAUUAUAAAUUGUAAAUUGUCAUCUGCCUUUAAGUUUUUUGGUUAACGGCUAUUGCCAUUAUGUUAUACCCUAUACAGUAUAUGUAAGUAUUUCUGGUUUGCUACUGCUCUUUUAGUUUAUUUACCUAACUUAAUUUGACUGUAAUUAAUUAAUAUAAAUAGGUAUUAUAUGCUACUGUAUGAUGUGCUACUAGAUGUAUGAACAGAUAUUAUGAAAUGAAAGACUGAGGUGGCAAAAUAUGCUGAUAACAUCGUGGAUCGAACAAAAUAUAUUCACUGCACAUUCCCGGUCAGGUUCGAUUGAAGAAUUAUGUAUACAGUAUUUAUUUUACUGCAUAACACUGUCUUUAUGUAAAAGGAAUAUCAUGAGAUUGAUGGAACUUCGGUGGUACAAAAUAAUCAAGAUUAAAAAAAUGUAGGGAUAGUGAGAUCAUCACAGAGAAAGUAAACAACUUAACUUGCUAUAAAGCUUUUAUUUUAAUCACUUAAUUUUCGACUUUACUUUAUACAGGGUGCUGGGGAGUAUUUCCCAUAACUUCAAGGGUAGAGCCGAACUGCAUAACUAACAUUUUUUUUACUAAAAAAUAAAAACUAAAUGUUUUCAUACAAAGUAAUUCAAAUAAUUCCAACUAUCCAUGUAACACGGGCCUUUAUCUAUCCUUGCAUUUUAAUUUGGCUACUUCAUAAUUAUAUGCGUAUAAGGGACAUAUUUUAAGAUCUAUUUACAAAAGAAUUAUUAUUUACUCCGAAAAUAUUAAUUUUAAAACACAUCAUUGAACAUUUUUAAUUAUUUUUCGGUAAAGAAUAUAACGCCAGAGUUAUGGGAAAUACUCCCCAGCAUCCUGUAUAGGAUAUAUUUUGUUCAACUGUAAUAUAAAAUUAAUUGAUAACAAAUGAGAAAAUGGAAUGACAGCAGCAAAUCUGUUAUCAUAUUACAUUCCUGUUGGAUCAUGCUUAGUUGACAUUCAACUUUGUGAUGUUAAAUGAUGAACAGUAAUUAUUGUUUGUUGUAUUUUUCCGAUCAGGCGAAAUAUCAACAGUUUUUUUCAUUAAUAUCAUAUUGAAAGUUUGCUUUUUAAUUGAUGUUACAGAAAAUAUAAAUUUAUUGUUUAUUUAUUAACAAUAUACAAUCAAAGGAAUGGCCGUUCCUUUUCAAAUAAUAAUUAAUUUUGUACUUGGCUGAAUUUUCACCAAUAUUUCCAUCAGAUUAAUAAAAAAAUAUUUUAAAAUAAAACAAACCAAGUCAAUAUUUGUCUCGCUUACAAAUCAACCGCCUAAUACUAAAGACAGUUCAGUAAAAUAAAAAAAUACUCAACUUAUUUGAGUAGUUAGAACACUCUGUAUUGUACCAACUUGUUAACAACUGCCAUGGUUACUGUGUUGUUUUGCAUUUAUCGUGAGUUGCGUUUUUAUAUAUAUUUGUCUUUAUUUAAUUCCUGAAUGUUUUAAGGUUUUAAUAGUUGACUAAUGAACUAAAAAGUAUAAAGUUAGGUCACCGAAGCGGCAAUAAUAAUGUAAUUUGAAGUUUUUCGUUUAGGGGUAGGGCCAGCAAAUAAGGCCUGACGCCUACCUGGCGAACAAAUCAAAACGUAUUACUUAGUGUAUAACUUGUUAAAGCUACCAUUGAAAGAACCGAAAAAUUGGCCUAUCAGAGAUUAGUUUCGUGUCAGUUUUCGACUUUAUUACAUUGCCAGCAAUCUCUUAUCAUAAUAGAUUGUUAAAUAUGUUACUCUGUCCCUCUUCAGAUUUACGUCUGCCUUUUCGGCUAUCCGAUAUCUCCAAAACCUGGUAAAGUUCAAUUGUUCUAAACGUUUAAAAUAUGUCAAAAUUCUUUAUCAUGUCUCGGUGACCUUGCUUUAGACUACCCAGUGUUACUAGUUCCACCCCUCGGUACUUAAAUGAUACUUACGUAUAUAAAUAAAUGUUGCAAGUGUAAAAAAAAUACAAAAAAAAAGGAAAUGUGCAUAAUGAUUGUUAAUAAUGUGUAAGAUAAUCUAAAAAAUCUGUGGUCAGUGAUAAGUGAUAAUGGAGAUUUGUGCGUUUUUUUUUUUUGGAAUUAUAUUAUUGGCAUCGUCUUUUGUAACACACACCUAAGGUGGGCCAUACAUGGGCAGGUCAAGUUAGCCAGUGAUCACCAUAUAUGGACUGCUCAGAGUCAAUAGCUUGAAACUAACCCCUCAGAUUCCAACGGCGAUUGUAGUUGUAGACGCCCGCAAAACGUCCUUUACGAUCUUGGCAAUGACAUAACGACCGACAAUACUUCCCAGGGAACACAAACACAAGCUACACAGCGUCUUCGCCGGCGAAGAAGAGGUCCGUGAUAUCCCACGUCACCCGGACGUGACGUGACCCCCUUCCAGAACGGCUCUCUAAAUCGAGGUCCGAGUCUCAGAGACGCCCUUAGAGAGUCGUUCCACCCUGUCUGUGCCUUCGAGCCCUAGUCCUACGGAGCCUUAAGCGGCCUCACAAAAUCUAAAAAAAGAAAAAAGCUUAAAACUGUCAUUGAUCAACCACCCGAAGCAGUUGCAACUACUUGAGCGGUUCGUAUAUGUACGUAAAAGUUUGUAUGUCGCAGUCGACCCUGACUGCUUCAAGCUUUUCGUGUAUGCCCGGCCUAAGAAGUUACUAGUUUAGAAUGUAUGUUAAGGAAGUAAGGUUAUUUUAUGACAGAAGUCUUCCCAAGAAUAACUAUCACAAAGUAUUGGUAUGUCGUCGGCGUAUUUCAAAGGAUAAAGUCAAGUGAGCUGGUUUGACAUAAGUAGGUACGUUGCAAACUUCUUUGAGCGAUACAAACAAAAUAUUUUGUAGCACGUCUUCUAUGGAAAACCAUAUGUCAAAUGAGUGCAGUGGCUUUAAUUUUAAAAACAUACGGUAUAAUUUUAUUAUGUGAUUGUGUAAUAUAUAUUGAUUGUCUCGAGUUUCAGUCACGUCUCGUGACAUCAGUGGGGUGCACUUCAUAGAUGCGUUAAUGCACUGUCUACUCCGACGAUUACAAAUGGUCUAAGAACCGGCAUCAGAAAUAUAUACUCUCAUCUGUUUUUCAUUAGUGAUAAGAAAUAAAUGACAGAUGAUGUUCAAAGUGACAUUGCAAAUAGAUUGCCUAUAGUCUGGCAAGAUUGUUGACACUCCCAUGAUAUGCGGGCGACAGGGGAAAAGACUGCGUGGGUGUGAAAUAGUGCGUGCGGGCGUGAUGGGAUGCGUGGGAUGACGUGGAUCAGUCGUGGGUUUUUCAGUCAUCGCUAGACGCGCCCUGGCCCGCGCGCAACAUCGGAAGUGUUACGAACGAAGCUGCCAAGCUAUAGUUAAAUUGCGGCCAAACACAUAUUGCAUACAAACUCCAUAAAAUAGAUCAAAGUCAAUUUUAUACAGUUAAAUUGAGCUUCGUUUGUCAUAUUAGUUUUUACUAACGGCCAGUUUCUUCAUCGCAAGUAACAGUCAAAGUAGCGUCAUAAAUCAAAAGUGACGGUCUUAUUCACUGAAAAAUAAAGUCUUCUUUACUACUUACUACUUUUACUGUUACUUUAGCUUUACAUGAAGAAACUGGCUGUAAAUAACUGAUAUUUUCUAUCACUUAUUUCUUAUCGUAAUUAAAUAACAGAUGAGGGUACGUUUUUCUUAUGCCGGAUCUUGUACUAGAACUUGUAUUAGAGAAGGAAUUUCCCAUUUUGUACAACUUGUACGUAAAGUGCCUACCCUAGUUAAACCCCUUGUGCACGCCACUGUGUGACACGUGGCGAGGUAAAUCAAAUCGGAAGUAUUUAAGGUCUUGACUCAGAAAUGUUAUACCGAUAGUCGGUUAGCCUUAAGGAUGCUAUAGGUGUAUGUUACAAGCGGAAGUAAAUUAUGGUUUUAGGUGUAUUUGAAUGUUGUACUGCUUUAUUUAUUGUUCUUUUUUUUACUAUUCUGAUACUCUGUAAUAUAAAAAUCAUAAUGCUCUGAUGAAGCUGGUAAUUUUUAACGCUUUUUUAUACUAUUAGAUUAUUAUGUGUAAAAGCAUCGAAUUUAGCUACUCCACUGAGCGCACAUAUACACAAUUUUUUGUUUACGCAUAUUAUAAUUAUAUUUAUGUACUUAUAUUAUACAGGAUGCUCGGGAGUAUUUUCCAUAACUCUAGGGUUAUUUUCUUUGAGGAAAAAUAAUUAAAAAUGUCUAAAGAACAUGUGUUCUAAAGUGAAUAUUUUUGGAGUAAAAAAUAUUUAUUAGACCUAGCCAAACUUAUUCAUUGAUAAAUGUCAUGAAGUAGCUUACUAGUGAUGUACGGAGUGAGAGUUCCAAUAUCUCGACGAUAUCGACAGUCUUACGCGUGCAAAUGCAAGGAAAGAUAAAGUCCUGUGUUACAUGGAUAGUCGAAACUAUUUGAAUUACUUUGUAUGAAAACAUAAAAAGGUUUUUUUUUUUAUAAAAAAAAUAGUUAUGCAGUUCGUCUCUUAUAAGUGGACUUGUCAACACCUUAAAGUUAUGGGAAAUACUCCCGAACACCCUGUAUAGUUUUUCCACUUCAUGAAUUUUAAUAUUUACUAUGCCACUAAAUGAGUGUUCGCCUCGGUUUCGACGCGUUAGUGACAUGUCUAAUAGUAUAAAAAUCUUUGCCUUGAAAGUUAUGAAAAUACUUAUGUGGGUAUGAAGUUGUAUCAUAAUAUUAAUUAUGAGGGUACUUGUGAUUUUUAGUCAUAGAGUGAUAAGGCCCUGUUAUCUUAAGGAUUGUCGUUUAGAUUGGGGAAUGGAAAAUUAACUAUUGUUGACUAUAUUAUAUACAGACUAGAAUUAUUUAUGUAAGUUUCGCUUUAAGUUUGGGGAACUCUCUGAAUAAUAUAUGUUUUUAACAAUUAA